AUGCGCGCGCUUUAUCGCAAGCCCACACUGCCUUCUUCACACGCGGUGUACACCAAUACCCUUGCCCCGCGCACGUCCACUCUCCUCCGCCCACUCGCUAGCCGCCGCGUCCCCCCUCCGCACCGACUGCUGCGCCACUCCGCCAAGCGCAGCGAACGCUCCCCAUUUCGGGCGGAGGGCGUGGCGGAAGCGGAUGCGGGGGCGGCGCCGCUAGUGACCGCUGCGGGCGAUCGCGCAGUGAGGGUGGCCCACAAGCUGUCCGUCAAUUCCUGCACCCUUCCCCCAUCGCACCCUUCCCCCAUCGCACCCUUCCCCCAUCGCACCCUUCCCCCAUCGCACCCUUCCCCCAUCGCACCCUUCCCCCAUCGCACCCUUCCCCCAUCGCACCCUUUCUCCUUUCCCCGCACACCUCACUUCAACCCCGCUCACCCUUCCCCCACCUCACCCUUCUCCGCCACUCGCUCCGGUCUCUUCCGCUCGCCAGUGUCACGGGGAGCGGAGAGCGCCACUAGCGCCCACAGCCUACCCGCCCCGGCUGUAGCAGUGCGCAACCUGGAGCGCUUGUCCGCCACUCGCUCCGGUCUCUUCCACUCGCCCGUGUCCGGAGGGGUGGAGAGUGCCACGAGCGCCCACGGGCUGCCAGCGCCAGCGGUGGCGGUGGCAGGGCGCAACAGUGGUAGUGGUGGAGCAGGCGUAGUACGCACAGCUCUGCUCGCCCCGCUCGCACCACCGCCGCAAGGGGCACCCCUUGGAGUCGCUAACCCCAUGUUCCUGCUCUCCCCCCUGGGCAUGCACUCGCGCAACCUCCUCCUGUCGGAACCGCGCUGCACCGUGGUCGCGCAGGUUCCGGGGCGGAGCGGCCUUGCCAAUGCGCGUGCCACCAUCUUUGGGGGUCUCUACCCUCUGCCAUCCAGCCAGCAGGUAGGAUAG